AUGAUGAAUGAUCAGCCACAACAAGAAGUAGAACCACAACCACAGCCACAACAAGAACCAAAACCACAGCCACAACCACAACCACAACCGAGGAAAAAAAGAACAACCACAAAACUAAUCGACCAUAAAGAGCCACAAGAAGUUGAUUUCAACAAUAUUGGUCAGCAUGUUGGGAAGAAACAAAGUAAGUUUGCUAACGAGUGUGGUGUUAUUACGAGUAUCCUUAUUCUAAAAAAACAGAAACGUUGGAAUAUUCCGAAUGACAACCGUAAAAAGAUGUGCUUAGAAUAUGCAACAGCCAGUGGAGAGCCUUUAAGAAAAGGCUUAAAAAGAAAUGUGGAGAUAAGUAAGAAAGCGAGGGCGAGUUCAAUGCAUAAUAAGAAUCCUGCCCGUGUAGGACCACUUGGUUACAGGGGCAAGAAAGCCGAGUGGGAACAAGAGAUGACAUCUGGUCAAUUGACACCCCAAUUGUAUCAGAUAAAAAGCGAGCGUUAA